AGGAAGUAAACUGAAAUGUGUUCAUGGCGAAUCUGCUACACUGAACACCAAGACAAACAUUAAUGCAGCCGUUCAUAUACAGGCUUUAAAGCUGCACUGAGGAGCGUUUUAGUCAUUAUAAUAUACACUCACUGUCCACUUUAUUAGGAACACCUGCGCAUUCCUGCAGGUCUCUAAUCAGCCAAUCAUGUGGCAGCAGCACAGUGUAUAAACUCACCAGGUGAAGAGCUUCAGUUAAUGUUCACAGCAAACAUCAGAAUGAAGAAGAAGUGUGAUCUCUGUGACUGUAACCGUGGCAUGGAUGCUGGUGCCUGAUGGGCUGGUUUCAGAAGCUGCUGAUCUCCUGCAGGGAUUUUCACGAGUUUACACAGAAUGGUGCGAAAAACAAAGAACCACUGAGUGAGCAACAGUUCUGUGGGUGGAAACACCGUGUUGAUGAGAGAGAACAACGGAGGAUGAUUAGACUGAUUCCAGCUUCCAGUAACUCAAAUAAUCACUCUUUACAACCGCGGUGAGCAGAAAAGCAUCUCAGCACAACACAUCGAACCUUGAGGUGGAUGAGCUACAACAGCAGAAGACCACAUCAGGUUCCUCUCCUGUCAGCCAAGAGCAGGAAUCUGAAGCUCUCAUGGGCACAGACUCACAGAAACCGGACAGAUGAUGGUUAGAAAAAAAACUUUUUUCUUUUUCCAGUCUGCAGCUGUCCAGUUUGGGUGAGUCUGUGGAUGUACAGUGUUUAUGACUGACUCCCAGCAGCCCUGUAAAUCACAUGACUCUACCAUGUGCCCUGUUUCAUGUUUUCCGUUAUUAGAACCUGUAAAGGUUCUCUGUUUCCCCUGUGUGGCGAAGCUUCUGCUGUGUUCUACCUGUCAUAUGCGUGUGAUUCAGUUUUCUAGCUCAUGAUUGGACAUGUUCAUGAUUCUUCUUUCUGAUUUGUUUGUUUCUUUUGUUUACUUCGAUAAAUCGCCUGCACUUGCAUCCACUCCAUUAUCUGACAUUAUUAUUAUUGUUUACUGCUGAAUUGUGAUUGGUCCAAGUAGUUCCUUCCACCGAGAGCUCAGAUCUCGUGUUACUGGGACAGGAAAUAAAGUGGGUGGAGUUUCAGAGUGUGCGCACUUCCACAGGCUGGAUAUGAAUUAUAAAUGUCUUAUCCAGUUUCACAGACAAAAACAUGCAUCAUUAUUAAUUCACCUGUGAGAUGGAGUUUCAGCAGGAGGUGUGUGUGUGUGUGUGUGUGUGUGUGUGUGCGUGUGUGUGUGUGUAAACUGCUCACCAUGUCUCCCGCUUAACCGCUCACAUUUAAAUAAGCAUGCCCCACUUUCUCCUCCGAUUACAUACACACACACUCACACACACACACACACACACACACACAGGACUAUCAUGCUAGCACUUCCAAAUGCUAUAUUCCCAGUGCUCUAUUCCCAGUGCCCUUUACUGUAUGUUCUCAGAACUCUAAUUUUCCGAGCUCCAGACCUUUGCCGACCCAGUGACCCCAAACACGACUUUAGGAACCCGUUUAUUUAGGCAUUACCAUGUUAGCAUGUUAGCGUGAUCAGCAUGGCUUAGAACAGGGUAGUUGUACAGGAUGGCACUGUGUUGUGUGUGUGUGUGUGUGUGUGUGUGUUUGUGCAUGUAUGGAAUAUAGAACAGUAUCAAGUUAAACAUAUGAAUUAUUAAAACACACACACACGCACACACACACGCACAGAGGGAAGGGAGACAAGCGAGUUCUACACUCACCUGUACAGGUAAAUCUUCGAGCGUUUUACAGCUCAAACAUACAGGACAGGAAAUAAACCCGUGUGUCUGAGAGCGGAGACGUGUACCGUGCUGUGUUUGUGUGGGACACAACUGAUAUGUCUGGAUGUGUUUAUGAUGCAGAGGUGCUGAGGUUUGUCUUACUUCAUCAUAAUAGAGCUACUAUUUCUAUUUGUGUUAUCCACUUCUGUGUGUGUGUGUGUGUGUGUGUGUGAGAUGCUGACGGUUCUAUCUCGUUCCUACUCUCACUAUGUCUUUACUAGCUAGCUAUUUCAAUGUACUAUUGUCUAUGACAUGCUGUGCGUAUGACAAAUAAAAUGACUUUGACUUUGACUAAAUCACCCCAAUCAUCAGCUCACUUACGUUAUAGUUACAGCGAGUUUAUUACCAUGUUGAAAUUUGAAAGUAGCAUAUAUUUUUGCAUUUACUGUAUAUUUGUUAGUUGAUCUAGGUUACUUUCUUCCCUAGAUAGUGUCCUCACUAGAACUUAAGCCAUUUUGAGGCUUUGUUUCUCUUCCUACUGGAAUGUCAGACAUUUUAGGAUCCCAAACCCUAGAGCCUUUACAUGUUAUUAGUUGCUGAGGUUUGGCUUCAUGCUAGCAUUUUAGUUACAUCUUAGCAUAUGCAAAUUAGCAUUUAUUGUUGGAUUUAACAAUUUGCAUGCUUAUUAUUGCAAUUAUCACUUAACUGAACAUGGUGUUCCUCACACAGUUCCUCAUCAGUGGUGUGUUAAAACAUGAUAAUUUCUACAUAAGGAAUUAACAUGAGGUGAAGAAGGAGUCACGAAAAGACACUGAGUCAAUGGCGUUCUUCAAAAGUUUCCAGGACAGCCUGUCCUCCGUGUCCGUCUCUUCCAUCCUGGACUCUGUGUCCAGCACUGUCUCGAGCACGGUGGACGGUGUGAGGACGGCAGUGAGCGAUGUGACGUACACGGUGAGCGACCAGCUGACGGAGCAGGUCAACCUCAUCAUCAACAAGAAGCAGGGUGAGGAUGAGGACAAAGGGAAAAGAGAUGAGGGCGAGGCUUCCUCCGAAAAGGACUCAGACAGCAGGACGGGAGCAGGGGGACGAAUAAACUCAAAGAGACAAGCUUAUGCAGAUGAGGAGGAGGAGCGACGGGAGAGAGAGAAGCAGGAGCAGGAGCGGAGGAAUGAGGAGGAGCAGUGGGAGUGGUGUUAUGCUCCAUCUAAAGGCUGGUACCGCAAACGCAGAGACCCAAACCAGACAGACACCAGUGCACAGAGACAGGCAGAGAAACAGUGUAAUAAAGAGGAGAGGACAGGAGCGAGUGGACAGCUGUCCUCCUCUUACAGAGACAUGAACUUGCAGAAAGUAACAGCUGUAAAGAUGGAGAAUAAUGACAGAGGACAGGAGGACACCAUCUGUAAGACCAGUGCUGAGACAGCAAACUGCAAGGAUACUGGGACAGAACAAUGUCCAAAAUCCAACAACGACCAGACAAAUGGACACGCCCAAGAUGGAGCCACCCAAAACAGAGCCGCCCAGAACACAGCCACCCAGAACGGAGCCGCCCAGAACGGAGCCGCCCAGAAAGGAGCCGCCCAGAACGGAGCCGCCCAGAACGGAGCCGCCCAAGACGGUGCUGCCCAGAAUGGAGCCGCCCAGAACACAGCCACCCAGAACGGAGCCGCCCAGAAAGGAGCCACCCAGAAAGGAGCCACCCAGAACGGAGCCGCCCAAGACGGUGCUGCCCAGAAUGGAGCCGCCCAGAACACAGCCACCCAGAAAGGAGCCACCCAAGACGGUGCUGCCCAGAACGGAGCCGCCCAAGAUGGAGCCGCCCAGAACGGAGCCGCCCAAGAUGGAGCCGCCCAGAACGGAGCCACCAAAGAUGGAGCCGCCCGGAACGGAGCCGCCCAAGAUGGAGCCGCCCAAGACGGAGCCGCCCAGAACGGAGCCACCCAAGAUGGAGCCACCCAAGACGGAGCCGCCAAAGAUGGACAUGCCCUAGAUGGACAUGCUCGAGAUGCACACGCCCAAAACAGAGAUGCCCAAGACAGAGACAAGACUCAGUCAGACGAGAGGAGGAACUCCACGUCUCCUGAACCCAAACAGAACACCGGUAUCUGUGUGUCUGUCUGCAUACCUGUCUGGUUGGCUAUCUAUCUGUCUUAUCUGUCUGUCUACCUGUCUGUCUCUACCUGCAUGUCUCUCUCAGACUGUAUGAUGGAUGAUUAUGUGAUCAGUUCCUCUGUGCUCCUGUAG